CUGCCGCAGCCAUCGCCAUGUACCGCGCGCUGUACGGUUUCCGCUCGGCCGAGCCCAACUCUCUGCCAUUCGCCGCCGGCGAGACCUUCCUGCUGCUCGAGCGCAGCAACCAGCACUGGUGGCUCGUGACGCGCGCGGGCUCCGGCGAGACGGGCUACGUGCCCGCCUCCUAUCUGCAGCGCAUCCAGGUCCUGGAACAAGAUGUGGUUCUGCAGUCUAUUGAUCGAGCCAUUGAGGCUAUACACAAUGCAGCUAUGAAGAAUGGGGGCAAGUACAACUUGGAGCAGAGGGAUGUCCUCCAGAAGUUGAUCCACCAUCGAAAGGAGACUGUAUCCCGCAAAGGCCACUCGCCAGCCAGUCAGGGCAUGACUAUGACCCCAUCCUCUAGUGAUCACCAUUUAGAUAUGGCACGGCAGCCCAAUGGGGUGUGCCGGACAGGAUAUGAGCGACACCACAGCCUUCCUAACACCGAGCUCCAAGAGGAUGAGGAAAGUCUUUACCAGAUCCCACCGCAGCCGCGCCGAGCUGCUCCCGUCACACCACCACCACCAGAAAAGCGCAAGAGCACACAGACAGCAGUGCCCAUUAAAAAUGCUGCGGAAAUCACCUCUGGGUCAGUUUCUGGUGCCUCUUCUGUGAGCUCCACUUCCCUCGAUAGCUUGUACACUGGUUCCACUCCCUCGGAAAUGUGUCUCCCAACAGCCACUUCCAGCCCCACCAACACCCCGCCACCCGUGCCCAGCAGGAGUGCGCACACUACCAUAUCACGCAGCUUGGAUUUUGGCUCUUCUGUCCACACACAGCAUGGGACUUCAGCAAAGGAUGGUAUAACCAGAUCUCCUCAGACCAAGAGGGCUGCCCCAGCCCCUCCAACUGAAGCAGGGCUUCAAAGGUGUCUCACUGUGGAUGGGGAGAAGAAUCCACAGGUCAAGAAGACCACUCCGGCUCCCCCAGCAGGCUUAGAAGCCUUCACCUCACUUUCCCUUGAAGAGAAAAAGGCAACUGCCCUGGAGUCCCUGGCCCCAGAACCCAGCAGCCUGGCUGUAUCAGUGCCAAAGACGAUCGGUGCUGAGCUAAUCGAGCUGGUGCGCAGAAACACAAACCUAAGCUAUGAGCUGUCCCGGGUGGCCAUCGGUGUGGUGAUUGGCCACAUACAGAGCAACGUCCCAGCGACCAGCAGCAUCAUGGAGCAGAUUCUCAUCUCCCUGGUGGAAAGUAAGAAUCUGAGUUCAGGGCUGCCAUCGGGACAGAUCUGCCAUGAUGAACAGAGGCUCGAGGUGAUCUUUGCCGAUCUGGCCAGGCAUAAAGAUGAUGCCCAGCAGCGCAGCUGGGCUCUCUAUGAAGACGAAAAUGUCAUCUGCUGCUACCUGGAAGAGCUGCUUCGCAUCCUGACAGAUGCAGAUCCUGAGGUUUGCAAGAAAAUGUGCAAGAAGAAUGAGUUUGAAUCAGUCCUGUCCCUUGUGGCCUAUUAUCAGAUGGAACACCGAGUGCCACUCCGCCUGCUGCUGCUGAAGUGCUUUGGAGCCAUGUGCAACUUGGAUGCUGCUAUUAUCUCCACGCUCGUUAACUCUGUCCUCCCCAUGGAGUUGGCCCGAGACAUGCAGACUCAUACGCAAGAGCUGCAGAUGUGAAGGUUUUGCUGCUCAUGGCCUCUGAAGAUGAGAUUUCCCUCCCCUGCAAGGGGUCUGGAUCUUCUGCAGAGAGACUGACAGCACAACCCUGACCUGCUAGUCUAGAAUCGGAGGUGCUUUUCUUCUCUCCAGCUGUCCUGCCACCGGUGUGGAUGAGGGCAUGGAAACAAACCUGUUUCUUGUGAGGGCAUGUGCAGAUAGCCAGCACCUAGUAGUGCUUGGGAAUGUGCUAUGCAGAGUGUAUUCAUGCAUAUACAGUUCCCAGAGAGAGAGCUGGGACUCUCCCCUUACUCCUAAGGGAAGGCUGGGGUCCUUUGGCAUUAAUACAGGCAGCCCUUGUGCCCUGGAACAUGCAUGCUGCUUCUGGAGGUAGCUGCAGCUUGGAUCCUUCCUGUAGCCUCAGCACAACUGAAAACUGCCCGUGGCUGUAGGUACUAUGCAGUGCCACAGAAAUUUUCUGGGCCUUGUGUAUAAGACUUUUAUGCCCCAGCUCCUUCCAAUUCAGUCCCUACUGGUGAAAGCUGCUGACAUCUUUCUUCUUGGCUAACACCUGAUGUGAAAUGACAGCAAUGCAACUCCACCUUCCUGAAGACCUGGUUGAAGGAAGGGAGCGGGGGAGGCACUUGAAGCCAACCUGCCAAAUGGAAGUACAGCUUAAUUGAGGUAAUGGGCGGCGCUUCCGUGUCAAACACAAAGAGAGAACUGUUUAACAAGCCCCUCUAGGCUCCUGGUGCAGAGACGAAACGAAGAAUAAAACUUGCAGAGGGAAGCUCCCCAGGGAUGCUGCUCGCUUUGAGCUGCCUCUCUUGCUGGGCUUACCCUGAGGCCAAAGCUUAGCCUGACCCAGGGCAAGGGGACACUGUCAGAGCUAGGCUGGCCCUCCCCUGUGUGAGCAGCCAGAUGUGACUGAAAUUAAGAAAGCAUUCAUUAGAGCUGGGCAAGAAGGCAGCAAGAGAGCUAUAGCGUUUGUCUCUGUAUUGAAUGCAACUUGAAAAAUCCCACUGAGCAGGGAGGGAGCAGUGGGAAGAUCAGUUGCUUCUUACCCUGCCCCAAAUGAAAAGAAGCCGCCCUGUGUUGGAGAAAAGUGUCAGGGAGCCACCGACAUCUAUCAGCAGCUUGGAUUCACUGGGCUCUGCUGGAGACUGACUAGUGACCUAACAAAAAACCUGGAGCUAGGGCAAGAGAAGGGAAGACUGAUUGUACCCUCCAGUGCACUCCGAUGGGAAGAUGAAAAAAAAUCUAUCUCAUCGAACUGCGCUGCGGCCAGGGAUUGCCUCUUCCUCAGCUCCUAGCACUGUCACCUCCUAACAUUCCUCUCCUGUGUAUUGCACGUUUGGUGCAUGUGUUUUUCAGAAAUCUGACCCAUCUCCUGUCGAAUGGCUUAGGUGUCAGUGGGAAAGCCUCGCCUGACAGGUUCGACCUGUGAUGUUUUGCUGUUGUGGUGUUCUGCCAUUUUAUGCCUGUCUGCCUUGUAUCCUGAGAUCUAACUUUUAAGUGUAGCUGUGGGGUGAAGAGAAGUUGUGCAUUUUUAAAAAUAUUAAAAGAACCCCUCAAAAAAACAAAAAAACCCCCCAGCUCUCUCUGUGUGGUCUCAAAUGUUUCAGGUAUUGACCAAUUUAAGCAGUUGAUGAUGGUGAUAGGCACCAUAGAGAGAGUAGUUAAGAUCCCAUCUAUUUGCCUCUGCCUUCACACUACCUGGAGGUCAGACUGUGCUGGUUAUAGCAUUGUAACAGGGCACCAUCUCAGGUGGCUGUGAAGCCCCUGGAGCCUAAGCAAAUUUCUUGCUCUGUGCUUUUGGGGCAGUCCCCCCUUUUUUUUUUCCUGCCAUGCCUUGAAGUAAAUUGUUAACAAAGUACAGGAGGCUGCCCUGAUCUUACACUAAUGAUCCCCAGGUGUUGGGAGUUGAUGCCUUGUAGGCUAAUUGUGUGGCUCCAUUCCACCCCUACACCAUGCCUCAUGCCUCGCAGGUGUUUUGAGUCAUCAUUCGGGUGGGAUACUCAUCCCUACCUCACCAGGGUUUUAACCUUCCUGGUUUCUGCCCCAGUACUGUGGCUGGUCCCAUAGCCAACGCCCACUGUUCUCGACGUUUGGCCCUCAACCCUGGUUUUGGCCUCUCGGGUGCCAGACCCAUGGGCCCUGUCUCUGCCCUGCUUUGGGUUCUGGGCUCUGCAGCCCCACACUUUGCCCUGCUCUGGGCUCUGCAGUUCCAUCCACCCUUUAUUUUUCUCUGGGCACAGCACCUUCUCUGCCUUGAGCCUACUGCCAGCAGGGCUCAUGUCAGUCACAUGCCCCUAGGACACCAGUGGGACCUCCAAAUCAUCCCUUUAGUCCCAAACCCAAGCCACUGGUGUACCUGAAAUCAAAGCACUUCUGCCUUCUGCUAGGCACUCAAACUCUUGCUGGGCUUGCAAUACAAUAAAGGCCACUUGUCUGCAUAACAAGUCUCUCUCUGCUCUCAGGUAGCUCUUCCUUGCUCCCAGGCCCGCAUAGCUGCUUCCUUCCAGCCUUACCUGCUAUGCUGCUGCCAGGAUCUCUACACUCUGCGACUCUCAGCGCUGGCCUCCUAGACUGGCUCGAGCCCAGGGCUUAUAGCCUGGGCCUGAGCCCGCUUCCAGUCAUGUGACACCCCUGUCAGCUAACCUGGCUACAGGGCUGUCCCUUAAUCCCUGCUCUGCUGGCUGCUUGUGCUACAAAGGCUGCCCUUAAAGAGGCUGUGCUGCUCUUCAAAAACAGGGCCGUGGUUCUGUUACAAGCAUGGGCGACUGGAGCCUCUUGAGUCAGGGUGCACCGGUUAGUGACUGGGGAGGGUCCCCCUAUGGCCGAUCUCACUGAAUUGGGGGGGAGGGGUUCCCUGGCAGCUGACCUUACUUGCCAAAAAGCAGCCAUGCCACUUCCGGAAGCGGCGUGGCCACUUUUGCUGACGGCCCCACUCAGCAGGCCGGUGCUCGCAGGGGGGACACUGGCGCUCCUGCCUGCCCCCCGGCUAAACAGGGAGCGCAGCCUGAUGGGGUGCACCAGCGCUGUCAGGGGGUGCAUGUGCACCCCCUACACAUCGCCAUUGGUUACAAGCAUGUACCCACAAACAAGUGGGAUUGGGAAGUGCUGAUCCCUGGCACAGAGGCUCAAAGCUGGGACACCAGAGAACUCCAGUAAAAGCCUGGAGUGUCAGUGAAUGGGCUAGUUUCUUAUGGCCUUUUUGUUGCAUUCUCCCACCCCCAGGUUUUCUUUGAAAUAAGGCAGAAGAGUGAGUAACUAAAAUGCUGUUCUAUUUUGUAAUGGCAAGUGGUGGCAAGGCCAGUCAGCAUCCUGAUGGAUGUGUUGCUCCAUCACUCCAGAGUCUCAAGUCCCUAUUGCUGUGCCCUCUGCCCUAUCCAGCAGUGCUGCAGAAUGGAGCCAUGGCUUAUCCAGGGGCAGGCAGCUGCCACUGCUGUGCACACCCUGGGAGGGCACGGUG